ACCAAUCAGGUGUUCGACGAAAUGAUUCUUCAGACGUCAUUGAUCACGUGCUGCUGAUAAAGCGACAGUGCUUUGAAUUAUACCGCUUAGCGACUUCAGUACAUGCCUCAUAGCUCCAGUCUCAAACUUAACCCCGUUCCUGCUGAAGAAGAGAAGGUCUGCUGGAUGGAGAAAGAAGCUCUCGUGAAAGAGGGGGAGGAGGAAGAGGAGGCUGUUAUACAAAAACAAGUAGAAGGUGAGGCUGUUACCGUGAAAGAAGUAGAGAAAGACGUUACAGAGGAAGAGGAGGACGACGACGUUUCAGUGAAAGAAGAGGAGGGUGAGAUGACUGUCACAUCGAAAAAUGAAGAGGACGAAACUGGAUAUCUGGUCCCGGUUUCCCAAACGCAUCUUCAGGCAUCCGGUUCUAAAGAUGAACGUAACACUCGAGAGAGACGUGACUAUUGUGGUUCCUCUGCGGAGCCUCAACAACCUCAUGAUGCUGACGAGGCAGAGAAGAGUCUCUCCAGGUCAGAACACCUCAAGAAACACCAGCAGAGAUCCACAGGGAAGAAACCUCACUGCUGCUCUGACUGUGGGAAGAGAUUCACCUCAUCAGGCAUUAAAAUUCAUCAGGGAACACACACAGGAGAGAAACCUUAUAGCUGUGGUCAAUGUGGGAAGAGAUGUACUACAUUUGGCCAGCUGACUCAACACCAGAGAAUACACACAGGAGAGAAAUCGUAUAGCUGUGGUCAAUGUGGGAAGAGUUUUGGUCGAUCUGGCCACCUGACAUCACACCAGAGAACACACACUGGAGAGAAACCUUAUAGCUGUGAUCAAUGUGGGAAGAGUUUUACUACAUCUGACAAGCUGACAUUACACCAGAGAACACACACAGGAGAGAAACCGUAUAGCUGUGGUCAAUGUGGGAAGAGUUUUACUACAUCUAGCAAUCUGACUGUACACCAGAGAAUACACACAGGAGAGAAACCUUAUAGCUGUGUUCAGUGUGACAAAAUACAUACAUGAAGGAGUUAUUUUGUGAUAUCAAUGAAUUAUUGUCACAAUGUAGAAUGUUUUAACAUUGUAGUAGGAGUAUUUUAAGGAGUUUCUCAAUGUAGAACCCUAAUUCAAUUGGUUUCAGCGUGAUAUGGAUAUUAGCCUUGGGAAAAAUCCAGGCUCUGAAUGAAAAGAGUACUAUUUAUGUGAUUUAACAAAAAGUUACUAAUACAAAAAGAGCUUUUGUUACACUUACCACGUUGGUGACCCACUUGAAUCAAAAUGCAACACUUCUAAAUGUAGCCAACUGUUUUCUACAAAUUGUCCUCUAGCCAGGUAUGUACACAUUUCUCCCAGAUUCCGUGUGGUUUUUGAGCUGUUAGUUUUAACAGGACGUGCAACCUCAUAUCCCUUCUGUCACACAAUUGAUUUCAACGUGAUAUCGAUGAGUGAUGACAAAUAUGUGUUGUGUUCCUUUGUUUAGUGACCCCUAAAUUUAAAUGCAUCACUCCCAAAUGUAGCUGACUGUCUUCUGCAGGUUGUCCUCUAACCAGUGAGGCGAAAUAUAUCUCCCAUUUCCAUGUGUUUUUUUAGUUGUUCGUUUCAACAUCAUGUACAUCCUGAUUUCCCCCCUAAUCGAUAUCAGUAAUUUAUACAUAUUACUUUAUGUUCUAUAUUAUACAUACAAUACAUAUGAACAGACAUUUGGUUUUGAUAUUUCAUAUUUCCAAUUCAUGUAACAUUUAGUCAUCAUAAUUAUUUAAGUAAUCAACUGACAAUUUUCGGGUAUAAUUAUAUUGACGUUGUUGCCCUUCUUUUAGAAUAUCAGGUUUCAUGUUCAGAUGUGCCAACCCAAAUGUACUAGAGCAUGACAUUGGGGACUGGGUCUUCCUGUCUUUAAGUUUGGUGUGGGUUGUUCUUUAGUUUUCCUCUUCUUGGGCAGAUUUAGUGGGUCUCAUUGUGGGUGUCUUUUAUGUCCCAGUUGUUGUUACUAGUCAAUUUUCAGUGGACACUGAGAGCAAAACUGCAACAUUAUGUUAUAAUACUUUUAUUCCAUCAAAUGGUUGUUUUAUACAACAGAAUAGAGGGUUCUUAGAACUAUAGUGUCUGUGUGUUCUACUGAGGACGGGCCUCUGGGAGAAAACACUGACAGGAGAUUUACAAUGUCUUUUGGGUGAUAAAACCUGAAGAGACCGCAUUCCAGAGCAUGAGUUAAUGUUUCUGUUCUAUAUGGUACCAGGGAGAGAUGACCCCAGGGCCAGACCCUGGUCUCUACACAAAGAGUACUGUUUUUACAGCAGAUACUGUCUGCUGAGAAUUAUAAGUCUCUUUCAUACAAAUCUUAACCUUGUGACCCGUUCUAUACAUCUGUUUUUCGUUAUGUAGAUUGAAAGGGGUGUAUCUUGGCUAUAAAAGACCUUUGUACUUUUGUCUCGUGCCUCUCAAUGAAUCAUCUGGGGGUGAUUCGUCAACCAGCCAUCAUUAUCGUAGAGCACUCAAUUGAUUCACUUUAUAUGUGUACGUUGUAUUGACCUGCUCCCUUAUUAAUAAGUGAAUAAAGGUUUAGUUUAAGAAUAA